AUGUCAUCCGUAACGACGGCAGCAUCAGCAACCGGGGCAAACGCUGUCUGCUUCAUGGAGAUACUUGACCCGUUCGUUUCUCUUUACCAGCCGUCAGAGGCGUCAAGUUCUAGCUCAAGCUACGGCGCAGGCCACCAACCGCGACUGAUCAUCAUCGCUAGCUGGACUGGCGCCAGAAGUGUACACAUCGCCAAAUAUAUUAUCAAGUAUCAGGCACUGUAUCCAGCUUCCCAGAUCUUGCUUCUAAGAAGCACCAUGAACCACAUUAUCCGUCCAUCACUCAUCGGUCCCUCUAUGAAACGCGCUGCCUCUGUCGUUCGCUCUACCUUCCCGACAGUGACAUCUUCUGCAUCACCGCCUCUUCUAAUUCAUAUGUUUUCCAAUGGCGGCUCCUCCAGCAUCGCGAACCUAUAUGAGCAAUAUAGGAUCAUGGCAGGUCCCGACGAUGAGAAGCAGCUUCCCCCGCACGUUACUAUCUUCGAUUCGUGCCCAGGCGUCUACAGCAUCACCCACGCCGUCGCCUUUGUCAGUGUCAGCCUCUCUUCUGUUCAACAGUUGAUCGCCGCGCCUAUCCUCUAUGCUUGGGCCGUUGUAUGGUCUGCCUUUAUGGCUCUAGGUCUCUUACCUGACUCGUUGGGCGACUGGGGAAAGGCGCAUAAUAACGAUCCGGGGAACAAAGCUGAGGUUCGACGCGUGUGUAUCUACAGCCCCAGUGAUGCCUUGAUUGACUACAGAGCUGUUGAGACACAUGCUGCCGACGCUAAGACUAAAGGAUUUUCCCCUAAACUAGAGAAAUAUGAGGGCUCGGCGCAUGUCGCACAUCUACGAAAAGAUGAGAAGCGGUACUGGGAGAUUGUGAGACGGUCCAUGGAAGGUUCUGUUGCUCCGGCCUAG